AGGCCAAUUUGAACAGGAAAGGACACGUCACCGGCCAAAAUGAACGAACUGGUGCACAUCAUACAGCUGACAACUCAAACACCGAGGAACCUUUCCGACCUCAACGAAACCGCUUCGUUGGACCACAUCAGGAACAGCUCAACCUACACGACAUACUUCGACCGAUCAUGGCCCUCACACUCCUGGGCUUUGUGCUUCCUGGUAGCGCUGAAGCUCAUCACGAUGGCUAUGAUUAUAGUGGCGGCGAUGUUCGGGAACCUUCUGGUGAUAGUGUCUGUGAUGCGGCAUAGGAAGCUGAGGGUUAUAACGAACUAUUUUGUGGUUAGUCUCGCGCUGGCGGAUAUGCUGGUGGCCAUUUGGGCGAUGUGUUUCAAUUUCAGUGUGGAGCUCACUGGAGGACGAUGGAUUUUUGGGUAUUUCAUGUGCGAUGUGUGGAACUCUUUGGACGUUUACUUUUCGACGGCUAGUAUCCUGCAUUUGUGUUGCAUCAGUGUUGACAGAUACUACGCGAUAGUCCAACCGUUGGACUAUCCUCUGAUAAUGACCAAUGUACGCUUGGUAUUCAUGCUAGCCGUGGUGUGGUGUAGCCCAGCGUUACUUUCUUUCCUACCAAUUUUUAUGGAAUGGUACACAACCGCGGAUCAUUUGGAGUUCCGCAAGAAAAACCCGCAUAUCUGCACGUUCAUAGUGAAUCGAACUUACUCGGUGAUUUCCUCUAGUGUGAGCUUCUGGGGGCCGGGCAUGGUGAUGAUCCUCAUGUAUUACAGGAUAUAUGUGGAAGCUGAUCGACAGGAACGGAUGUUGUACAGGUAA